UUUCACAUACUACUCUCUUGGGCCCUUGCAACAGGCUCAUAUGGACCUAUUUUGGGGACAGAAACUUGCAGCUCAUAGUCCAGACACAGUCUCGUACCUUAUUUGAUAUAAUACAUUUUUGAAAGGAAGCAACAAGCACAAAAUUGAGGUAUAAUAAAUCCUUCCAUCCCACACCAUUGCCCCAAGAUGCGUGGAAAGAAUGAAACUGGAUAAAAUUUAAGGAAGGGAGAGUGGAGAGGAAAAGACACAAAGUACAUGGAAAGAAACCUGAUGAAAGAUUUCCCCGGUGGAAUUACUGUCUUGGGGAGGUCACCAUGACAGCGUCCCUUCAAGAAUUCACAUUACUACAAUAAACCAGUAUUACCCAGCCCUUUGUGCACCUGACUGUGUUCAAUGAGGUUUUGUAUUUCACUGUGGUUUUUGGCAAAGUUUCAUAUGCUCACAACCUUAAGUCAACAUUAAACCAAAUUGCUCAGUUAUAAUCAUGAACUCUGUGUGCAGUAGCUCCAGCCACACCACAUGAAAACAAGCUGGCUGAAAUCCACAACUUCAGAGCAGACCACGCAACUUCUGAAAGAAGUCACCUCACUUACAAGAAAGUUACUUCUUCGUUUAUGAAGAAUUCAGAUGUCUCAUACUCAAUUUGCUUAUUCCCAACACAAUGAAGGAAAUGUCCUGCUUCUGCAUGACUUUUUCUUCCUUGUUGGAGCAGAUGGUGAAGGCUUACAAAUACAUGACUGGUAUUUUUUCAGUGACUCAUACCUCAGAGCAACAGGCUUCAGAUUGUGAUAAGCCGCCAACAGAGAUGGAUGUGAGCUUUCUUGAGGAGCAGUAUGACCAUAUAAAACAGAAGCAAAAACUGCAAUCACACGUUAUUGUUUUUAAAACAGGUGAACAUGAAUCUGUUAUCUCAGAAUCAAUGGUCAAUACUGUUAUAAUUAAUAAAAAAGUGAGAUCAAAGUCAUUUACAGAGCAUGUUCCUGUCAGAAAGGUCAGACUGGAGAUGACCAGCAGUGGCAACACACAAGACAACUCACUAUGGCAUACCCAUCUGGGAAUUCACCAUCUGGUGCAAGCCCCUUAUCAAGGAGUUACCCAGGAUGUCUCCCACUGCAAGAACGGACUGUGUAACUUUGACAAACAAAGACUGAUUUCACAGGGAAACAGCACACUACAACCCAAGGAAUUAGAAGAAGCUAAUGAACUAUCUGCACCGAGUCAACUGAGAAGUUCAAGCAUGUUGAACAGUUUCAGUAAACAGAAUGGCAGCAGCAUUUCAAGCACCUGCCCAAAGCCUCCGAAAUCAGCCACUUCAGCAGUUUGGACACAUCAACACAUUUCUCCUACAAAAUGCACGUCAGCCUGCAAUAAACUGAACUUUUACCCUUUCCCUAAUAAAAAAGGGCCAAGAAUUUCUGAAGCAGCAAAGAGGCUUGGAUUAUAUGUCUCAGAAUGAAGACAUUCAGUAAUACAUAAGACUUAGCAAAAAACUUGAAUGAAAAAUAGCCUUCCUACUUACACUGAUUGACUUGCUGAGGGCCUAUUACUUUUACUAGCCAAAGAAGAUCCUUACUACAUAAUCUGUUGUUUUAUAGUACAAUGUAAAAUGAAAUGUUCUUACAAAGAUGCUGGGCUGCAACGACAGAUACUCACUUCUGUUACUUGAAUCUUGAGAUACAAGAGCAAUUUCAUCUCUUUUUGUCUUUUUUUUCUCCUCCUCCUUUUCAGGUCACUGAUUCCAGAAACUAAGAUUUUAUCACAUCAAUAUCUGAAAUACCUGAAAGAGCUAUAGCAAAGACUAGUAGAACUACUGAUGAAGCAACCAGGAUAAAUUUCAGCAGAGUAAUAUUUACUUUAGACAAUAAACAAGUAACAAAUGAAACAGUAUUGAAGGUGAUUGGUGCAACUGAUGUAUGAUUUCAUCACUCACUUUCCUUAAGAUAUUGAAGAUAGGUUCUGAUGUGUGUAUUUUUAAAAUUAACAAAGAGAAUCCCCACUCAUUUCUAUUGUUUCAAUGGUAAUAAAUUAAUGGUUUAAUAGUAAA